CAUCGCCGUCAGUCGACACCCAGAAAGGGAAUGGCGAGGGAUCAGUAUACUCCACAGGUGGACGAGCCUGUUUCGUUCGUCGAUGGACCGCCGCCAGCUUAUCCCAAAGGCUAUUCCGUGAGAUUGCAAUUGAUUCGACUGGCUGCGAAGACAAUAGUUUGCCUCAUCGCGCUGAUUGGUGCAUUUGUGUUAUUAGCGGCAUACAUUCACUCUACAACAUCAUGUUCUUGCGAGGAGACGAAUAGGAGAAUGGAAAUGCUACCAGAAUCUUCAAUUGCAGCAGAAGCUUUAGCACAGCCAGAAGUAAACAUGCGCUUGCACAUUGGUGAAGAUUUACGGAAGCAUAAAGGGAAAAAGCAAUUAGAUUGUCUGGUUGAAAGAAGAGAACAAAUGUUGGAUGCCAAGCCAUCGAAAGGAAAAGAUGGACUUCAAGUGAAAGGAGAACAGACAGUAAUAUCAUGCAGCUCUAAUGCAGGUAAAAGAAAGAAGCGUACUCCAUCUUGUGAUUGUCGUUGUGCUUGUUGAUGCAAAUGUCACCAUGAAGGUGUAAUGCAUCAGUUCUCUGCAUCAAUCAUAUUUUGAAGAAACUAAUUUUAGGAAUUUAAUAACAUUCAAAAAGCUGUAUAGAUUGCUUUAACAGUUUUAUUAUGUCACAAAAAUUUCAUGAUGUCAUAUUUUGUCAAAUCAUUUUGAAUAAAAUAAAUUGCUUUUGAAAACAAAUUAAUGAUUGCAUUUAAAAAGUGAAAACAAAAGAAAUAUAAAGCAAACAAAAAAUAAAUUUUAUUGCUUACAGUUUAUAAACAUGGAACUGAAAAGUAAUAUGAAAUAUAAAUAAGCUUUAAAUGUACUCAAAUAUUUGCACAGAAAAAAAAAAAUCCACUAAGUAGUUAGCUUGCAAAUAUUUACCUCUCAAUGUAGUUGCAAUGCUGUGUACAGAAUUAAUUCCUCAAAUUUUUAUAUACAGAGUAUCUGCAGAAUUUAUUUAAUGCAUUUAUAGAAGUAUGCAUAUAAGUUCGAGAAAAAUUCAUGUAGUAAUUUCAAUUUGUUUUUGUUUUUCAAACAAUUCAAUACAAAUUUAAUUUUCAUAUAUCCGAAUCUACAAUGUAAAAUAAUAGCUCAUAUAAACUUUAAAACAAGUAAUGAUAACAAUGCAUAUACGUAUGGUUAUAUAUAACUAAGAGUAAAAAUACAUACAUAUAACUAGAGAAUAAUAACUGUAAAAGCACUUAUGAAGAGAUAAAUGAUUUUGUGAGCAGAAAAAUUCACAAGUUUGAUAUGAACAAAAACAAGAGAUGAUUAUUUAAUACAGUGAAAUACGUUUAACACAAAAACGCUUUUCAUGAAAAAUCGGUUAAUACGAAGUGAUAUAGUGGUCCGGACAGUACCCUGUGCACUUUAAUACAAAUUUUUUAACACGAAACUAAUUUAACAUAAAACUUUUUUUGGAACCUCCAGUUUUGUGUUAAAUGUUUUCCAGUGUAAAGUCAAAAUAUUUCACGAGGUUCAAAACUACGAGAUUACAACGGUCUUGAGGAAAUUAAAAGCUCUUGAAAAUUAAGUGCUUUUAGAACAAGUAUUUAAAAAUAUGCAAUUAAACUUUAAGCUCAUUUCCAGACUUUUCUCCUCAAGGAGGUGGGGGGGGGGGGACAGUUCAGAAUGCAAAACUUGCUAAGUAUAGUGAAAUAAAAACCAAUUUUUAUUGCAAUCUUGUCUUUUCCCACGCCUCAUGCUUUUCAGUUAAAACGCAUGUACAAUCUGAACAAUGUUUCUCAACCUGUGAAUCAGCAAAAAUAGGAAAAAUAUUUUAUGAGUUGGGUUAGGUCAAAAAUAAAAAUGUGUAUGUGUUUUAUACAUUUAAUAAAUCUCUUACACAAAUAUAAUGUACAGCAGUGGCGGCGAAUGGGACUUAUAAGUGGGGGGAGGGGAAUGAUAACUAAAAGCCAUAAAAUUUUCAGCGGCAUCAAAAAAUGAAAAAAAAAAAAAGUACAACAUUUAGUUAAGGCUGGUUUUGAGAGGAGAUAAGUGGAAAUUGAUGUAAAUCUAACAACAUAACUCACGUAUUUUCUUAAGAUUUUGAUGAAUUAUGUACAAAAUAACUCUUCCCGAAGAAACUUAGACAUGAAUUAGACUUAUAUUAUUUACCCCAAAGAGAUUUUGAGACGUUACAAAUACUUGGUAAUAAUUUCAUUAAGUAAAACUAUUGAUAUACUAAUAUCUUAACAAUGAAUAACUAAAAGAACAAACUAAAAGUUACUGCUUCUGCUAAAUAAUGUUUCACAGACAGAUGUACAAAUUAAAACAAAUAAUUAUGUUCGAAAAUUUUGACAUUUCUCAUUUUUUUUGUAACUUCUACUUUCGGUUUCUAAAUUGGAAAAUAAAAUGAAUAAAUCAACCAUAAAAGGGGGUUAAGCCCCCCAAAUCGCCGCCACUGAUGCAUAGUUAGUGCAACAUUUGCUGUUGUUAACUUUUUAAUAAUUUGAUACUUGUGGCCUGUCGCUUUGUUUCUGCGAGAUGAAGUAGUGCAUUGCGAUCCAAUCUAUUUGUUUUCUGGCAUUCUUUAGCAUGACUCGUGACCCCCCUAAAAUCGUAGUCUGUAUCCGCCCCUGUGUACUGGUAUGGACACCAGAAUUUCUUUUCUGCACAAAUGGUUAAGAAAUUACCCGUAUGGCUCCUGUAGAUUAUCAAAUGAACUAAUCAAAAAGAAAAGAUAAUAAAUAAAAUUAAUGAAGGGGAAAAAAUAAUGUAAUAAAAGUUUGAGUUUUUGACCUUUAUAAAUAGUUGAAACAUGGUACAGUUGUCAAUCACUGUAUAUACCCUAUUUCUAUCAUAUUAUAAAAACACUUAAUAUUUUGCCCUUUGUGAAACAAAAAAAUAUUGUGUUAAACCAUGAAAUAUUAUUAAUAAGGAUAUGUAUAUAGAUGUGUAAAAUAAUGUUAAUCAAUUUAAAACACAGGAUGAACAUAUACAGUCGGACUCUGAUUGAGCGAACUCAUCUGGAGCGAAACAUUUAUACGUUAAAUCGAGGUUACUCGUAAUAUCGGGGUGUGAAAAUAUCCAAAAGAAGAAGCUUUACACUUUUUGUUCAGCAUUCCACGAAUUAUUACACACUGUUUAAUUUGAAAUUUUAAAGUACUGAGUAAUGGAUUUUGAUGAUACUUGACUCGAAAUAGUUCUCUUUCGAUUUAUGGAGAGAAGAAAAUACUGUGUCAUCUACAGCCUGCUGCAUGAAGCAUGAGAUAUGUUUUUAGUGUCCAGCCAUGUAAAGCAUUUGAAAAAGUAACAGCUUUAAUGGGAGUUUCAUUAUUGCAUCAGGAUCGCUAUUCAUUGAUUGCCCCCUUGCCCUUCAAAAAUUGCAGAUUCCAAUAAAGUUUUUUUUUCUGCUUCAGACACUAUGGAUUCAUCAUUUGGAAAACAAUCCAAUAUUUCCUAACUCAAAUCAACAAAAAAGAAUUUUUUCGGUUGUUCAAAUAAUUUUGUUAGAUUGGGGUUUAUUAUUCAUUAAACAGGGAUUUUGCCUUCAUUUUAGUCGGGGAUAAAAUAAAAAUUUGCUAAAUCGCGAAAUUCCUUAAACAGACGUUCGUUAAAUCGAGGUCCGACUGUAUUCUCAAAUUUGCAGAACUCUUAAAGGUUAAAAAAAAGCAACAUUGUUGAUCAGCAGAAAGAAUAAAAAAAUGGCAGUUGAUAGUUUAAAUUUAACACAGUAAUAAGUCAACAAGUGUUGAUUAUGAGCCUUCCAGGAAACAGUGAAAUCACUCGAUUUUCCUUCUAACUGUGGCAACUAAAUCUACAGUACAUACAAAUGAAUUAUCUAAUCAAAAACCCUCUCAUGUAAGAAACAUCGGUUAAACAUUUUGAACUGGC